GCAACCACUUCUGUGUUACAUCACCAGACUGUUCCAAAUUUCAGUGAAGAGGUGAAGAUUGUUCUCCCAACACAAGUGAGUGAUCGUCACCACCUUCUGUUCACAUUCUACCAUGUCAGUUGUGAAGUGAAACAGGGGAGCAAGGCAGGGACUUCUAAGAAAGGUCAUAAUAUAGAGACUGUUGUUGGUCAUGCCUGGUUACCACUCUUUCAACAGAAUAGGCUAGUUGUAGGAGAACACCAAGUUUCUGUAUCUAGCAGUUUACCUCCAGGCUAUCUGACACACCAGCCAUUAGGCAUGGGGAGAGGGAGUGCUGGACCUGAGAUCAAAUGGGUAGAUGGAGGAAAGCAAUUGUUCAAAGUAGACCUACAACUCGCUUCUACAAUAUACACCAAAGAUCAACAUUUGCAUAAUUUCUUUGACCACUGUCAAAGAAUGCAAGGAGCUCUUUCAAGUGCCUCACAAGACUUUGAAGCCAGUAACAAACUCAAGUUGUUCAGGGAGCCAGAACUGGGAGUCAGCAGUGCCAGUCCCACUCUGAGCUAUGACCAAAUCAUGCUCAGGUUGUUAAAGAGUCUCCAUGCAGUAGAUGUUGGGACUUUGAUCAACUUCUUACCAACUUUGUUCAAUCAACUUAUCCGUCUUUUACCUCGAACAAGCAAUGAAGAUGUGGCUUUGAAUGCAGUCAGAGUACUGAUUCAUGUUGUGUCUGCCGUCCAAGAAGCUAAUAAAGAAGAGUGCCUUCAUUCAUAUAUAAAGUAUGUGUUUGUUACUGAAAUCUCGACUGGUGCUAAGGACAAGUCAGUGCAUGAAGAACUUGCCAAGAACCUGACAUCCCUACUCAGGCCUGCUAAUGCUGAUGUUCUUGUCAUAGGAAAAUUUCUGCAUCAUUCAUGGUUCUUCUUUGAACUGAUUAUGAAAUCAAUGGCCCAGCACUUGCUAUCAACAGGUAGAAUCAAGAUGCAGCGCCAUGAGAGAUUCAGUGCCAACCUUGGCUUCAGGAUGCAAAAUAUGGUCCAAGCAGUAGUAUCACAUAUCGUGCAGAAACACCGUGAGGUCCCACUUCCAGCCAAAUAUGGGAAUGAAAGCCUUGCAAAGUUCAUCAAGGGCUGUUUCUCGCUGAUGGAUCGCGGCUUUGUGUUCAGACUCAUCAACAACUACAUGGACAAUUUUAACCCAGGAGACCCAAAGGUGCUACAAGAAUACAAGUUUGAGUUCCUGAGAGUAAUAUGCAGCCAUGAGCACUACAUACCCCUGAAUUUACCCCUGAUGAGGAAACAGAAUACCAAGUCUUACAAAGACAUGAAACAUGACUACACACUUUCGGAGGAAUUCAGAAAAAAUCAUUUUCUCGUUGGACUGCUUUUACAUGAGGAAAAGAUGGCGCUGAAUGAACUAAAUAGCCAAAUAAGGAGAUGUGCAAUAUCAGUGUUACGAAACCUGCUAGCGAAACAUGCAUUUGACCCUCGCUAUCAAGAAAAGUCAAAGCAGGCCAGGAUAGCCAGUCUCUACUUGCCUUUGAUUACCAUCUUGUUGGAGAAUAAAAGUCGCCUUGAUCUCUCAAAGCCUGAGCUUCCCACCCCUGGCAGUACAAACCCUUCAGCCAAUGGAGAUGCCAUUCAUGAGGAAAACACCAGUAUGAAAUCAAGCAAGUCCUCAGAGCAGGCUGCCACUCCCACCACCACCACAAGUGCGUCUAAGGCAAGGGACCCAGCAGUGCUAGCUAUGAUCAGUGGAGUAUCAUCGGGUAAUCUGAACAUCUCUGGACCUAAACCAAUGAAUGGUUCCACAACAUCACUUGCAAGCACAGGAUCAAGCACACAGUCAAAUUCCCAGUCUGUUGAUGGCAAGUUGGAGAAAUCGGAAAAAACUGACAAAAUAUCCCACCAAAGCCCAAGAAGUUCUGUUUUUGAACAGAGUUUUGUAUACCCAGCAUGGUUAGAUGUUAGUAAACCGCUAGCGGUUAACUUGAGGCGGUCGCGUUCAUUGAGUGCAUCUAUUACACAGAAUGGACCCUCUUCCCCUAUUGGACGGCAUGAUCGAUUGGAACAGCCAGAAGUCAAGGAUUUACUCAUUUGCUUUCUGUCUGUUGUCAAGAACUUGUCAGAAGAUGUUCUACUAGGCUGGUUUAACAACUCCUCAGAGACAGAUGUCAUAGAUUUCUUUGCAAUUUUAGACAUAUGUGUCCAUCAGUUCAAAUAUCAGGGCAAGAAAAGAAUCUAUGCAUUAAGUAUGAUCGGUGACAGCAGGAAAGCCCUGACUCUCCCACCUAAAAGGUCCUCAGCGAUGCAGCAGUUAGCGGGUGGAAUGCAGCGUGCUCCCAGUACUUACAGUGAGGCUGGUUUGCAUUCAACUAGCAAUUUAGGAGAUCACACUCCCUCAGCAUCAAGUAUGGAGGCUGUUCAUAGGACAACACUAGAGGGUUGCCUAGCAACUGAGAUUGGGGUUAUAACACUGGAUAUAUUGAGUCUCUACACGGUCAGUUUUAAGAGUCAACUUGAAUACAAAGAUGGCGACAAUCCAAUUAUGCAGAAGUUGUUCGAUCUCUACAUGAGGUUUCUAAGCACUAACCAAUCACAGACCUUGUUGAAGCAUGUCUUUGCUGCCCUGCGAGCUUUUCUAAAUAAGUUCCCCAAAGUGCUAUUCAAGGGCAAGGCUGAGAUGUGUGGUACCUUCUGUUAUCAGAUACUCCGUUGCUGCAACUCAAGACUCCUAUCAAUAAGACAAGAAGCAUGUGCUUUGAUCUACCUACUCAUGAGGACCAACUUUGAGUUCAGUCGCAGAGAGAGUUUCACUAGAGUGCAUUUACAGAUGAUCAUCUCAGUUUCCCAGUUGAUCAGUGAUGUAGUUGGCCUGAGUGGGACUCGCUUCCAAGAGAGCCUCAUUUUCAUAAACAGCUUCGCAAACAAUGAUAAAGCUAUGCAGAAAACACGGUUCCCAACAGAAGUGAAGGACCUUACAAAACGUAUCCGCACAGUGUUGAUGGCCACAUCCCAAAUGAAGGAGCAUCAAAAUGACCCUGAGAUGUUGGUCGACCUCCAAUAUAGCCUGGCCAAGUCAUAUGCCAGCACUCCAGAGUUGAGGAAAACAUGGCUUGACAGUAUGGCCCGGAUACACACCAACCAUGGAAACCAUUCAGAGGCUGCACAUUGCUAUCUUCACGAAGCUGCUUUGGUUGCUGAAUACUUGAAAAGACGAGGUUCCUACCCUCAGGGAUGCUCAGCAUUUAAGAAAAUCUCAGCCAACAUUGAGACUGAUGAGAUGGGAAUUAAAGAUGAUUCCGGCAUGCAAGAUGUGCAAUACACAGAGGAGACAUUAGUAGAGAUGCUUGAGAAAUGUUGCCGGGAAGUGGAAAAAUCAGAACGUUAUGAAAUGCUUGGAGACAUUUACAAACUGAUCAUACCAAUAUAUGAACAAAAGAGAGACUU